AAAGGGGAACUAUUCCGGAUUUGCCCCAUCUACACCCAUCGGAUAGGCUGUUGGAAGAGAACUAGCACCAGCUGCAGUCUGCCCAGUGAACUAACGCAGCUCAUAACUAGAACCCAGUCCAUGUUGGACGCCUUGUGCAGCGUGGGAGGGGGAUCAAAGGAUUUCACCGCCGCCUUCACCAAUCUAUUCACCAGCGGUGGAUCUGGAUUAGAAGGCUGUAAGGACGUUCUGAAGUGUGUCUAUAAAGCAUUUCCCAUGAAGGAUGGAAAACCCGACCUACAAGCUUUGCAAAACAUACAACAAGACAAGCCGGCCAUGUGUCGCCUGUACUAUGCCUCGUUUAAAUGUGUUGAAAAUGGAGAUGCUGGGUGUCCAAUCGUCAGUCAAAUGAAGCCACAUCUUGAUGCGGGCAGACAGCAGUUAUUCGAACAGUGUGGAAAAGAUCCAAAUGGUGCAGGAUUACUGACGGGCUGGACUGUUUUGAUAUAUGUCCUUGUUGCGUUAGUCAUGAUCCUACAUUCAUAGGACAGAGAUUAAUGGAUGUUACAAAUAGAUGGGAUAACUAACAUGCACAUUACAAUAUGCAAUUUAAGCUAUAUGACUUUUAUCUCAUGUGUGUAAAAGUUGUCUCACUUCGUUCGUUUAGUGUAUAUAUUUUGUCCACAUGAUCUUAAAUACCGUAAUGAUUUGGUUUUCAUAUUUUAAACAAAGUUUCAUUUUACCAAUAAAACACUAAACUACA